AUGGUUCCAUUCAUUUGCUCCAUUUUUGGAAACAAGAACAAAAAAGAGAAAAUCAGCAAAAGGUACGCAAAGAUCCUUGUGGUGACCACAUGGCUGUACGCGCUGCUCUGGGCUAUUUUUCCUUUGAUUGGCUGGGGAAAAUACGGUCCGGAGUCCUUUGGCCUGUCUUGUACUCUGGCCUGGAAGGACAUGAAGGAACAGAGCCAGUCUUUUGUCAUCACCAUCUUCUUCAUGAACCUCAUCCUCCCAGCCAUCAUCAUCAUCUCGUGCUACUCUGCUAUUGCUCUGAAACUAUACAUUACCUACAAGUUUAUGGACGACAGCAACCACAUCCCCAACAUGAUAAAGAUGCAGCGGCGGCUCAUGGUGAUCGCUGUGUUGAUCAGCAUUGGGUUUGUCGGCUGCUGGGCGCCUUACGGCAUCGUCAGCCUGUGGUCCUUCUACCGGCCCGGUGACUCGAUCCCUCCUGAGGUCAGCAUGUUACCUUGUCUGUUCGCCAAGUCAUCCACUGUAUACAACCCGCUCAUCUACUAUAUCUUCAGCAAGACCUUUAAACAAGAAGUCAACCGCCUCUGCGGGAGAUCCAACAUCUGCUGUACAUCUGAUGCCAAAAACGGCCCGGAGAAUGCCAUCUACCUAGUGUGCGAUGCAAACAAGUCCAAAGCUGGAGCAGAGGAACAAUCAAUAGAGAAGAGCAGGGAGAAUGAGACUCAACUGAUCAGUAGGACCUGUGAUUUGCACUCUUAA